AACUCGUCUUUUUUUUGAUGGUGCUGUUUUUAUUAACAUUACUGCACACUGGACAGUUUUUCUUUCUAGAUUAUUGCCUAAAAUACUUUGUCAGUUUGGGGGCAGAAGCCAGUGGACUAAAAAUCAUCGUGUUUUACAGUAAAGUGCUGUUCUUUUGUAUAAUCAUUAAGGAUAAAUGCAUUUGCAGGGUUUAGAUUUAUUGAAUAUUUUUCUUGAAUUAUUGCAGAAAAUAUUUGCGAAGACAAAAACAUUCAGAUAAAUGUAUUUAAAUCAUAUAGUCGUGUAAUAUUCCAAAUGAAAGCAAGCCUGUAUGGAAACUAAACUGAACAUUUUUGUGCAUUAACUUCAUUAUUCAUUAUAUUCCUGUGUGGAGAUGUCUCCUGUCUACCUGUUAAACGGAGUCAUUCUCAUUUCACAUCAGCGCGUCUGUUUGAGAUUUCGCGCCUGGCUGGAUUGAAACGUCAGAAUGGGAUUAAGGGAUGUGGGCUGGCCGUGUCAUAUCCACGGAUAUCCUCCGACUUUAAUUCAAUAGGAUCUCAGCUGCGGUUGUUGCUCAGACGGAUCCAUUCAGGGAGAUCCGUCUCAACACACACACACUCACACACACACACACACCCUCCCCUGAGGAGGAGCGGAUUGUCGAAACAACCUGACUCAGGUAGAAAACAUUUCAGAGCUGAAGGGCAAAUGGAGAAUAAAUCGUCCGCGCGCGGAUUCCUGGCGCUCGUGCUUUCUUCGGAGCGCACGUUUCGUUUCUGCAGACUCUGAUGAAUGAAGAUCGGUGCGCAAAACCCAGAAAUACCGCGGCUGCGAGAGUGCGGGCAUGCUCCGGCUUCAACUGUGGCAGAAAUAAAACAUAAAAGAAGAAGAAGAGCUGCUGGAUAYCAGAUGAGGCAGAUGCUCGUGUGAUCCUGCAGGACCCAGCGCGCAGAAUAUGGUCCCCGGGGCCCCCAGCACGACCAGCACCAUGCUCCCCGCCUCCGAGGCUGCCAAAAUCUACCAGACCAACUACGUGCGGAACUCCCGGGCCAUCGGCGUCCUGUGGGCCAUCUUCACCAUCCUCUUCGCCAUCGUCAACGUGGUCUGCUUCAUCCAGCCCUACUGGAUCGGGGACGGCGUGAACACCCCGCAGGCGGGCUACUUCGGGCUGUUCCACUACUGCAUCGGCAGCGGGAUGACCCGGGAGCUGACCUGCCARGGCAGCUUCACCGAGUUCAGCAGCAUCCCGUCCGGCGCCUUCAAGGCUGCCUCGGUCUUCAUCGCCAUGUCCAUGGCGCUGGUCCUCACCUGCAUCGGCUGCUUCGCGCUUUUCUUCUUCUGCAGCACCGGGACCGUGUACAAGAUCUGCGGCUGGAUGCAGCUGGCUGCAGGGACCUGUCUGAUUCUGGGCUGCAUGAUCUACCCCGACGGCUGGGACAGCGACGAGGUGAAGCGGAUGUGCGGYGAGCAGACGGACAAGUACACGCUGGGCGCCUGCUCGGUCCGCUGGGCCUACAUCCUGGCCAUCAUGGGCAUCAUGGACGCCCUCAUCCUCUCCUUCCUGGCCUUCGUUCUGGGCAACCGCCAGGACAGCCUGAUGUCUGAGGAGCUGCUGGGAGACAGUGUGCAGGUCUUACAGCCCGGAUGUGACGUUUCUUCAGGAUCCAGCUUCCACCUCCUGGUGAGAACGGACAGAUGUAUUUGGGGAAUCAUCUGAUGGAAAUAUAAGAAGUUUGUCCAGGAGACCUCUAGUCCUCUCUGAAAGCCCCCCUGUAAAAUAGUUUUCAUAUCCACCUAAAGCUGCUUUUUCUCCCCCUACAACUGAAACAAUGAAGACUUCUUUGUUCAGCUAAAAAAAUAAUAAAAUUGUGGUAAAACACCUCUGAUGAGACUAAUGGCAGCCAGUCAGCCCAGCUGUAAAACUGAUGAAGACCUGAAGUUCUUCAGGUCAAAUCAUGUUUUCCUGCACAGAUAAAGAACAGAAGAACUUUAAUGACUGGAUAAUUGUUCAGAGAACUGUGAUGUCUUGGUAUAUUUAAAUAUUUGAUGGAAUAAAUAAAAAAUGUUUUUUUUUGUCCUGGUGCACCAAAUAGAAAGAUUUCUACACUUAUCUGUACAAUUUAAUGUUGUCUUCUAUUUUGUCUCAACUUUGAACUGUUUUCUCUGACAUCAAGCCAUUGAUUCAUUAUUAGCGUGUGCCAUAGAGUAUCUUAUGUGUAAUUAUUAAAAAAAAAAAAACAACUAAAAGGGUUGAAGAAAAUAACAGUGAAAAGGUUUGAGUCUUAAUGUUUUUGUACGCUGGCGUUUUUCACAAACAGCUUUAAAAAACGGACCCUGUUUUAUGACCCUGGAGACCUGCAGAGACAUUUAAUAAAAACUUAUAAAAAAUGAGUUUUUGGAACAAAAGAGACAAUUUUACAAAAUGUCAAACCCUGGAUUGGAUGUUUUACGCCUGUUACCUGUUCAAAGUUCUGCUUUUCUCUCCUGAUCAACAUGUUUCUGUUCUGAUACUGAACAUGUUUGCUCCAGUUUUAAUAUUUUCUGUUUUAAUUUGGAUUUAAGGGGGUAAAGGAUGUAAGUUGACACUGCCGUAUAACAGAGAAAAAUAAAAAUAAAUGCAGAAUUUGCUCUUUUUCAUGAUAUGAGCUGAAAUUUUUUGACCUGAGUUUCAAACUGAAGUGAAAAACAAACCUUUUUUUUGUUUGUUUUUGGUUGUUCGACAAAAGCCACGACAAGUGAUAUAAAACUGUCAUUACAGUGAUUUUAUUAUAAUGAACCAUGAAAAUAGCCAACCAGUGCAGUGUCUGUGAGUCUCUCUCCUCCACACAAACAUACACUCACACACACACAAAUAAAAAAAGACAAAAGUUGAAGAGUCAAUGGGGGGGAGGAGGAAGAGGAGGAGGAGGGGGCGGUAACAAAAUAAAAAUAAUGCUACAGUCACAGAAACAUUCAGCUUUGCCGAGAAGAGCGUUCGUAUUUACAACCAUAUUUCAAAAUGGGAUGGSAGCGAAUUGUACAAGCGUAGAAAAAAAAAAAAA